AUGAAAAUUCCUCCAAGGUGGUUAAAUUGUCCUAGGAAAAGUAAUCUGAUUGCAGGUAUCUGUGUUUUUUUAGUUUUCUCAUGAGCUGUAGUAAAUUUGUGUCGUGUCAUCAAAUUUUGUAUAAUUAAGUACUGUACGAGUACGUAAUAAUGUGUCACGACAUUAAUAUAUGUACCCUAUGUAUACUAUUAAUAAUAUGUUAGUAUAAGUAUAAAUUUUGAACAUGACAAUGCUGUUCGAUAAUCAAAUAUGUGCCCUUUAUAUGUUCAAAAUUUAUGUUUAUACUAAUAUAUUUAAUAGUUUCACUUUUAUAAUUAAUCCAUUUAUGCCCUGGGUAUUUCCAUGUAAACUCAAUGCCGGAGAUACGCCAGCAUUUGCACUUGAUCACGCCAGUAUAUCAAUACUUUGCGGGGCAGCCGGGGCAAAACCCAUGUCAAAAUAGACAAUCCUAUAUGCUUGUAAAGAUUGUAAAGUAGAUCUUGUACCAAUAUGCCAACUACUUUGAGUAAUCUCACACCAAAUCACCAACAAUAUUAUAGGGGAGCAUGCCCUGACAACUCGACUUGAUAAACCUAAAAUCCUAGUUUUAAAGGGCCUGAUGUCCAAUUUCUUCAGAAAAUUUAUGAAAUUCCGUACAAAACGGCCGCCAUUUUGGUUUUUGCAAGCAGUGUUUCCACUUUUUAAAACUGGAAUUUCCUUGAAAUUUUCAAGAAUGAAAUUUGUGAAUCAAUUUUUUCCUCCCUAAAUAUUUGAACCCUGACGUUGUUUUGUUUAGAUCGAUUUCUUGCAUUUAAAACAUUCCUGGAUGGUCGUUAUGACGAUGACGUGCCAGAAGCAAACAGAUGGCAAUUGUCGAUGCUGUUAGGUUACCUCAAUCGAUAUAAGGUAUUUACUAAAGUCAUAUUUUGAUGCCUUGCCUUGCUUAUAUUUUUAUGUAGUGAUUGACCGAUAAUCGGCAUCGGCUAAUUUUUGCAUUAUUGGUGAACAAUAUCGGAAUCGGUAGAAGUAUCUAUAUUUCCGAUUGUUUAAUUUACAGAUUGUUGAGAAAAUACACACUUUAAAAAUUAUAUGGCAAAAGUUUUAAAAGUUCCCAUGCAAGAAAGUUUUGUUUUAUUCAAAUGAGUUACAGACUUACAGUACAGUGUAUAUCAUUCUAUUUUUCUGUCAUUCACUACAGAAAACCCUUGGUUUGGUUAUUGAUUUAACAAACACUGAUCGAUUUUAUGACAAGAAUGAGCUGGAAGAAGCUGGUAUUCAAUACAUGAAAUUAAACUGCAAAGGGUAAGCUACUUUACAGUAUUGUAAUUGUUGGCCAUGGUUGGCUCAUUAACCCAUUAAGCACCAGUGAGUGCUUUCCCCUUGAUGAGUAAAAUCAUCUGGCAUUAUAGUAAAAUAAUAAAGUGGGGUGCAUCAGGCCGCAAUGUGACUCGAUAUGUUAACUAGACACAUUAGCAGAUAGGCCAUGCAGUUAACCCAAGGGCAUGCAGUGCUCUCUAGCUCCUUGAUGAGUAAAAUCAUCUGGCAUCAGACAGAGUAAACUAAUAAAGUAGGGCGCAUCAGAGCACAAUGUGACUUAAUGGGCCAUUACAGAAAACAUCCAUACCACCCCCACAGAGGAAAUAGGAAGUUACCCCCCUACCCCCUUCAGAUGUCCAAAUACAUUUACUAUUAUCAGAAACAAUUUUGUCUCCCCUCCCCCUCCGGACGGCAGAAAUUUUCUCUGUGGGGGGGAGUAUGGAUCUUUUCUGGAACGACCCAAUGGGUUAACCCAUUAAGUCGCAUUGUAGAUGCUUUGUCGCUUGUUUUAUUGUAAUAAAUGUCACUGUCACAUUUAAAGGUGAUCUACAGUCCGAUCUGCGCAUGUGCACAAAUGAGCCCACUUUUUAUGAUACAAACAGUUUAACUAUGUUUUGAGUUCUUGAAAAGCCCGAUUGUUGUUUCUUGAUCAUUUAAUUAUACUCUAGAAGGUUGAAAAUAUAAAUAGUUGUCGAAUAAAGCUCAAUAUUUUGGACACAAAGAUGUAAACAAAGGCUUUGUUUACAUACGGACUGUAGAUCACCUUUAACCUAUUUAAAGAACAAGUUGCAAUUUGUUGCUUUUUUCCAGUUGUUGUUUGUUGCUCUUUUUAGAUAGUUUGUCAUAUCUUUCAGUGGUGUAACUUUACUUUUUUGACCACUUGCCCUCAGGGCAAGUUGGACAUGAAAGUUAGUUGCCCGGAAUAAAAUUCACUUGCCAUCUGACAAUGGCCACUCGGGUAUAAUUAAGGGGACAACAUGUCGGCCUGUUCUCCCACUGCUCGAUAUAUGGCUACUGUAGUGUUAUGUACUGCCUCAGAUCUAGCUUUGGCCCACAAAACAAAAUUUGAAUCAAGUACAUGCACUAUAAAGAAUGUAUAUCCGACAAUGAAAACUUAAAGAUUCCCAGCUUUUUGUGGCAAGGCAACUUGCCCAAUCGGGCAAGCAAGAUAAAACGUUUACUUGCCGGUCAUGAUAUUCACUUGCCCCGGGCAAGCAUACAGGCAAGUAUUAAGUUACACCUCUGUCUUUUUAAGGAAUGUCGCCUGUUGGUCAUAACCCCCUGUUGGGCCUCUUUUGCUUGUCAAAACGAGAGCACUAGCUGGUUUUCAAAGGUUUAUAUAAUUAAAAUAAAGUUAACAGCCGAUGAAAAUAUUAGAUCUUCUUCUGUUUUUGUAGCCGUGGUGAAGCACCCACAGAAGAACAGGCAUUUGAUUUUAUCAGAGCAUGUUCAAAAUUUUGGAACGAUUAUCCUGGAAAAAUCAUAGGUACAUUGUUGUUAUCAACUUGUUAAAUAUAGAAAAAAUUAUAAAGCAAAUUUGUUAUAUGUAUUUUAGGCGUUCAUUGCACACAUGGUUUUAAUCGGACUGGAUUUUUAAUUAUUUCAUAUCUUGUUCAAGUUUUUGAAUGGAGGUAAAUAUUUAUGUAUGAUUAACAUACAAAUUAAUAAAUUUAAAAAUUAACUAAUUUUUUUUAAAUAAUUAUUUAGUCAAUAAAUUCAUUUUUUUUUCAAUUUGUUUAUUUCAGUUUAGAAGCUGCUUAUCAAGCUUUCAUUCAGGUACUUUUUUUCAGUACAAGCUUUCAUUCAGGUACACUAAAUUUUGAUCUAGGCAAGAAGAACAAAAUCCAUCACCACAGCUAGAAAGAGCAUGUUAAAAUUAGUAAAAUUGCAAAGUUUAGCCGCGAAAUGUUGUAAAAUGCGGAAAAUAUAGCCCUGCGAAAUUUGCAAGCGCGGAAAUACCCAUGUAUUUUUCUGUUUAUUAUAUUCAAAACAAAAUUCAGUGAAAAACAAUAUAAACAAAAUUCAGUGAAAAACAAUAAAACGUCCGUGGCAAUGCCUUUUACAACAAAUGAUAUUUUCACACGUAAAAAUAUCGUAUUUUUUACGUGUGUUUAAAUACGAUUUUUCUCAGUGGCCAAAAACUCUUCUAUAUAACACUUAUGUUUAUAUAAUAAUAAUUUGUAUUACGCACGGGAAAAUGCACCACAUUCGGCCCUAUCACGCAUGCUUAAUUCGUACAAUUGUACCUAAUUUCCAUGUUGUUAUUUUACGUUUUUUACAACAACAAUAUGAGCUCAAACUGCGUUUUAUUAAACUUUCAAAUUCCGCGUGCAAGCUAUUUUUAAUGCUGCUAAAAAAGACACCCCCCUGCUCUGGAAAAUUUAUCUUCACGAAAAUAUUUUGUUUAUUCUACAUUAUAAGUACCCAAACAAUCUAUAUUUAUCAAAAAAUUCAUGAGAUUAACGGAUUUAUGAAAUUGAGAGCCGUUUCAAAAUUGUCUAUUUUUUUUUACACAUCCUGUUGUCUGCGGAACCCAGACGCCAUUUCCUGUAAUUGUUUGUUGUGUGUUUCUCAGAGUCGAACACCGGGUAUCUACAAGCAACAUUAUCUCGACGACUUAUGUAAGCGUUAUGACGAGGGCGAAAACCUGCAUGCACCCGAAUUGCCUGAGUGGUGCCUGGAAGAAGACGAGGGGAGCGAUAACGAGGCCGAGAAUGGUGGUCACGAAGAUGGCGAUGGUAGCAGAUCUGACGGAAGUCGGAAAAGACCUCGAAGAGAAUUUAAAACUGGCGUAAGUUUAAUUUAAGAAUUGUCUGAAUUGUCUUGUUCAAGACCAAAAGUCUUUUUGGUGUUCCUCUCAAAAUUACUUUGUUGUAGCUUUAUUUUGUAGUUAGCAACCUUUUUAAAUGUAAUUAGGAAUUCUAUUCAUUAAGUAAUUUUGCAUGCGUAAUUAAGAUAUUUGAUGAAAACACUAGUGACUUUUCAUCAAGUUUCACCGGGUUAUCCAAAUGGCAUCUUGUGAUCAAAUAGGUGAUUAUCAUUGGCUGAAUUUCUCAUGAAUUAUUAAUGAAUUUGAAAAGUAACAGUGAAUUCUUCUCUACAGUAACUCAGUUGGUAAAACAUUAAAUCUGUUUGCUUACAGGAAGCGAAAUUCAUGGACGGUAUUUCAGGGAUAACCGUUGCCCCUCAACCGACAUUUGGCGACAUUCAACGUGCUGUUCAGGAUAUCUGUGGAUGGGACAGGUAACAUCAGAUGCUAACAGCUGAUUUUUCGUUUUGUAUAUACAGUGUUGUCAAAAGAGCAAAACGCAUUUGUAUAUAUAGGUAAUAAAAUGUGGUUUCAAGUGCAUUUUUGAAAAAAACCUGCACAAGGUUUUUGAAGACAAUUAAAAUUUCACGAGUGAAAAUGAAAAAAUUGGAGAAGCAAAUUCAUAGUUACUUGCUUGUAUGAAACGAAAUAACUAAGUUAUUUUCUUACUCGUUUGAAUAAUACAGCAACUAUAAUCAAGUUUGCGACUGUCUGGGGCUUAUAAAUCACAGUGGACAUUUCUGAGCUCAUCUAGUUAGUUUACAUAGCAUUUUGUUUAGCUAGGUAAUCGAGUCGUUCAGUGCAAAUCAACCUUAUGGCAUUUAUUUUUUGUAUAUCUGAUAGAGGUGGUUUUCCAGGCAGUCAACCCGUGUCAAUGGACGUCAGUAAUAUUAGGUUUCUACAUGAUAAACUUUAUCGUGUCACUUGGAAGGCUGACGGAGUCAGGUAACUCAUUUGACUUUGACCUCCUGUUCAAUAAGUUAUUGCAUGCACACAAAAAAUUGCCAACGAUAUUGUAAGAAGGCUGCUUUGCAUGCACCAUUACUUAAAAUUUCUGUGAUCACAGUAGAAAUUUUGCACAGAUAAAUUCUGAAACGUUUUCAUGGAUUUGUAAAAAGUUCCGCUGUGUUUAGUUUUUGAGAUGUGAAUUAAUGUUUCAGAUAUUUGAUGUACAUCAAGGGACGUCAUGAGAUAUAUUUGAUAGAUAGGGAUAAUGCUGUAUUCGAAGCACCUCAACUCACGUUCCCACAGAGGAAAUCCCCACAUGCUCACGUUGAAGACACUUUGCUUGAUGGGGUAAGUUUAUAGGAACAAAACAAUGUACUGUCCAGUGCUUGCCCCGACCUGAAGACAAGCUAGAACCACUGAAUAAAAGCUCGUAUCAGGCAAGCAUAGGGCGAACAUUUAAUCCCUUUCUGCUUUUAAAAUUUAACGAGAAGUCAUUCUGUUGUGCCUUGUUUAGGAAUUGGUGAUGGACAAGAACGAAGAUAAAUUGACGCCAAGAUAUCUUAUUUAUGAUAUAGUUCGCUUUCAGGUAACCAAGACGAAGCAAUUUUGUAAAUUUGGUACAAAUCCUAUAUUUUAGACAUGUCAUUAUCGAGGUAACUUAUUACUAUAUGUUUAUCGCGUGUGUGUAGAAAGUCAAUUUGAAAAUGGAUUUGAAAUUCUGCAACUUUUUAACAUUUUAUAUGAUUCAGUAGCAGAAAUAAUUACAUGAUUAUAGUUCCUGCAUUCUGCAAAACAUUAUAAAGCAGUUGCAGCCAUUUGCCUGGCCACACCUAGAGAAAUUUGCACUCCCUCCCAGAAAUUUAAAUGCUCAUUGGAUUAAAUGACAGUUGUGUGAUUGAAAUAAGAUUUUGAAGUAAACCAAUAAUCUCAAAAUUUCUCAGGUCUUCGCCCCCUCACCCCCAACUUUGUCCACAUUAGUGACUCUACCCCCAGGGUAGGCCCCGCUCCCUCACUUCUCCCUCCCCCGAAUUUUCGCCCCUCCUCCCGAGAAAAAUCUGAAAAUCCGUGUAUGCUUUAAAAUGUUCCAGGGUCACGCGCUUGGCAAAAUGUCUCAUGACGUAAGGACGAGGUGUAUCGAUGUAGAUAUAGUUCAGCCAAGAAAUAAAGCUUUCCAAGCAGGAGCUUUCGACAAGAGCAAAGAGCCCUUCAGUAUUCGUGGCAAGCAAUUUUUCUCUAUAGAAAAAUCUAAGUGGGUUAGUAACGUAUGCCUGGAAUUUGCUUUCUAUAUUGGUACUGUCAGUUGAGACUAGUAUCUGAGUGUACUCCCCAGACCUCCAGUAACGCAAAAAAGUAUUCGGUUUCUCGUCGGCGCACGCGUCAUCUUUGACUAUGCGCGUCGACUUUUUUUUAUGAAAAACGCUAAUCAAGGAAAUUCUUGGAAUUUUUUUAAAUUUCUUGGAAAUUUUUUUGAAAUUUCUCGGAAAUCUCUUUUAAAUUUCUUGGAAAUUAUUUUUGAAAUUGUCUUCCCUGUUCAAGGAAAUCUACUGAAAUUUUUAAACGAAAAUACUUAUGUUGCAUGUUUGUGAAUGAACAUUAGUACCGAAAUGUUUUGGCAUGAUUUUUGUGUGAGAAUUUAUAAAGCACAGUCUUGUGAUAUUUCACAUUUGAUACAUUUCUAUUAUUUUAUACUCUUGAACAUUUAAUAUUAUUCUAUAGUAUAGUAUAGUAUAGUAUAGUAUAGUAUAGUAUAGUAUAGUAUAGUAUAGUAUAGUAUAGUAUAGUUCUCAUUUUAUUCUAUGGUGACAUUUUAGACAUCAAGCAUGCAGUAAAAAUCAAUGUAUGCACUUGUACAGAAACUAGAAAUAUACUCGCCAUUUCUGUCCCAUUGAAAAACUGACCAAAGACAGAAUACUUUUUUGGCCUAAGAAUCACUCCUUUUUGUUCCAGUAUUACUACAGGAGGAAACCUAAACUAAGCUAACCAACAAUGUGUCUAGCUAACGAUCUAAAAUAUUUCGUAUUUGUUACCAUUCUUUCAGAUUCUCAAAGAAUUUUCGCCUGCACUAACCCACGAGACGGAUGGUUUGGUAUUCAAUGCAGUCGACGAGGUAACCUGCAAGUUUUUCUGCUCUUCGAGCCCAAUAGGCAAUUCCAGCUGUAGACUAAAUUUUGAUCUAGGCAAGAAGAACAAAAUCCAUCAUCACAGCUAGAAAGAGCAUGUUAAAAUUAGUAAAAUUGCAAAGUUUGGUGGCGAAAUGUUGUACAAUGACGAAAAUAUAUAGCCCUACGAAAUUUGCAAAUUUGUAUUUAUUUGUAUUACGCACAGGAAAAAUAACCAUUUUUGAUCCGAAGUGGUUAUUUUUACCGCACGCAAUUGACGAAAGUAUACAAAAUUUGCGAACUUCACAUGGCUAUAUUUUCCGCAUUUUACAAGGGCUAUAUUUUCCGCAUUUCGCAACCAAACUUUGCAAUUUUACAAAUUUUAACAUGCUCUUUCUAGCUGUGGUGAUGGAUUUUGUUCUUCUUGCCUAGAUCAAAAUUUAGUCACCUAUAGCUGGAAUUGCCUAUUGGCCAAACAAAAAAAGAAUAAAUCUGUAUGUAUUAUUCAGUUGGAGGCUGAAAUAUUCUUUCUUUCAGGGGUACAUCCCUGGCGCGUGUCCAGGACUGUUAAAAUGGAAACCUCACACACUGAACUCAGUCGAUUUUCAACUCCAUAUCACAACGGUUCAACAGGAAGGGUAAGAUUGCUGUAAUGCUUCAGGGAAACACCCUGGUUAAUUUUUUUUUAAAUUUUUUUAUUAACUUUACAAUCAUAUUAUAUAAAAAAAAUACACACACAGCUAUUAUAGAAGAACUAUAAUCUAGAAUCCCAUACUAAGUCCAUCCAUCUAACACUAAAUCACGACAUAUUACGGACUACACAUUGGACAACGUAAUACUGAUUUUACAGGCCUUUACACUAUAUAAAACAUGCAAGAAUAAAUACUACACUACUGUGAAAUUAUUUGCGAGGUUCAGAUUUGACCCACCAACUCCACUAGUUAGAAACCACGAACCACUUACAUGCAUGCAAACCAGGUCAGCGCGAGGUAGUGAUAGCGGUAAUGGAAGUCAAAAGUGACUCCAGCCAUUUUACACCAGACUUUAGUCCUAACAUGCAACACGUAUUUUACAAUAUAAACAUGCAAGAAUAAAUACUACACUAAAUUAUUCGCAAGGUUCAGAUUUGACCCCCACCAGCACCACUAGUUGGAUUUCAUGGUUAAUCUAAAAUUAACACUCUUUGGAUAACUUAUGUUCAUGGUUAAAUUUCCUGGGAUAUUUAACCACAGUCCUGGUUGAAUUAACCAGGAAAUUACCCCAAACAAACAGUGUUCAUUUUAAAUUAACUAGGGUGCUCUUAGACAGUGUAUAAUUUUAUAUUGAUCAAAAUGUGAUGAAGCAACGUUCUCUGAGUGAUCUUUAGAUUGCUUUCUCCUGUUGUGUUUUUGUUUUUGCCUUUUUUUGUGUUGUCUUGAAUGGAAAUGUUUUCUGCAGUUGCUUGAAAGAGAGGGUCGGAGCAUUACGAGUUGGAGGUUACGACCAACCUGUGGGAUUUAUAAAAGUAAGUCUGUAUGAUGUAGGCACUUAUAUUAUCCUGUUCACAUGUUUUCUUGCAAGAGUAACAUACAAUUUAUUUUGUAACUGCAGUUGGGAGUCACUUAUAAUAACACUUGUAGAGCAGGCAAAUUGAACAUAUUUUAAUUCAAUUUAUUUACCACAAAAAAACAAGACCGCCGCAUUUAAUGAAAAUAAUUAACAUUAUUUUCUCACUCUGAUAUAAGCUGAUUGACCAGAUUAGCUUGAAAUUCCCAUUUAUACAAGAAUCCUUUAACUAAGUAAAACCCACGUAUGAAAUAGAAUUGUAAGUAUAUGUCACUAGUUUAUGACCGACAUAUGCCUAUCAAAAAAUUCUUGCAAUUUUUGUCCUACACUUUGUCUAGAUAACUAAUGAGUUGAAAAAACUGGACAAGAAAAUCAUUGAAUGUACAUACGACGGUAAAAAUUGGGUGUUCAUGAGACAUCGAGAAGAUAAGAGUUAUCCAAAUAGCUACGCGACUGCUCAAAGUAAGCUCAUUAUAAUUUAUAACUAGCGGAUUAGGUUAUGUAUCAGAGACUGUUUUUUGACCGAAGUCUGGAUUUAUGCCAUAAAGUCUAUUGCAUUCGCAAUUUGUAAUUUGCAAUUUACUACAAAAGAUUACGGUCAAACAUAUGUCAAAUAACAGAUUUCUUUUUAAAUACAGUCCAUUAUACUGUAAUUUUUACUUGCUGUAAAAAUAACAGUACAUUAUUCUGUAAAAAAACCAGAUAUUUUUAAUAGUGUAUAAAUUACAAUAGGCCUCCUCAUAUUUGCGUAAAGACGCUAGCCUGGAGUGUCGCGACGUUGCCGCGUCGUGUAUGUAAUUCGAUCACAUGGUUUUACCAUACUACUAUACCAUUAUACCACUAUACCAUUAUACCACUAUACCAUUAUGCCAUUAUGUCAUUUAUGCCACUGUACCAUUAUACCAUUUAUGUCACUAUACCAUUAUACCAUUUAUACCACUAUACCAUUAUACCACUAUACCAAUUUUUCAAUAGUUUUCAGUUCUUGAAAUAGUCUGACCAAAGACAAUUUGUUGAUGUGUAGACUAUAGACAUGUUUCCACUCGUUAGCUUUCCUUACAAAUAUCACUGUUUCAAAUGAAAUAGUUUGACCAAAAACAAUUUGUUUUUGUCCAAAAUUUUGUCAGUAAAUUUUAUUUGAAAUAGUGAAAUUUUUGGCCCAGGAUUUUCCACAUAUUUUUGAAAGUUCUUUGCAAUAUAAGGGAAGGUAGCGAGAGGAAACAUGUCUAUAGUUGGGCCAAAAAAAAAUAUAUGUGGGUUUCCGGUUUCCCGACCCUACCUAGCUUUUGGACGUCGAAAUCCCGACCCUAAACUUUUUUAUUGGAUCAUGCUUGUAAGUGUUUCCACUUAGAGGAAAAAGUUUGUGGAAAAUUGAAAUUUGAGGCAAUAUUAGGGAAAUUUAUCUUUGGAUGUGGAAGCACUGACUAAACAAAAUGGCGUCCGGUUGUUAGGAAAAUUAAAAAAAAAGUUUAAAAAAAAAGAAGUUAAAACCGACCUACCCUGCCUAAGUUUUUAUAAAAAGAAAUCGGAAACCCACAAUUUUUUUUUUGACCUUGUCAUUCCUUUUUCAUUUCAACCCAGGUGUGUGUCAGAGCAUCAAAAAGCCUGUCACAGAGGAAUGGUUGUUGGAGGUGAUUCAAAAACACAGGUUUCGACCUCAUGGCGGGCAGUCUCACGGACAACAACAACAACAACAGCAAGCCACAAAAACAAGAUAAGAUUUUACACUUUUUAAUUAUUCUCUCUAGUCGAUUGGAGGAUUGGGAAGCAAUCACUCACACGAUAUAGACCCACUGAUCUCAAAAACGAAUACUGGAUAGAGCAACCGUCUGAAUUCAGAGAAUUAAUUUUGAAACUGAGUAAUUGAUUCUCAUUGGUCAUAGUUAAACUCGGUAGAUUCUGAUUGGCUGAUUUCAAAGGUGAACAAAGUUCUGACUUUGAAUAACGUAAACCAAUCACGUCACGCUCAGGAAUUGCAGUUAUUUUCAAGUCCUUGUUUAAUUGGAUAUCAUAUUAAUCUGCACUACAUUAGGGGUGGACCAUUAGAAAAGUGAUGGGGGGGGGGGAGCAAGAGCAAAAAUAAAAAUCGAGCAGGGGAAACAGAAAAAAAAAUUCGUGCACCAGAAAAGUUUGAAAAAAAAAAUUCGUGCAGAGACUAUUCAAUAGGGAAAAUUGACAGGGCCUAUCAGAGGUACAGUGUAAGGGUGUAGCAGAUAUUGGUGCAAAAAGCGUUUUAAUCAUGCUUUAAGAAGAAUUUGUCAAGGAAAUUGUGUUGUAAACCUCAAUUAAACUGAUGUUAGUCCGGAAAAUUUUUUUUGGAAAAAAAAUAAAAUUCGAACAAGGGAUUAUUAAAAAAAAAUAAUCGACACAAGCAAAAAAUUUUGAAAAAAUAAUCGUACACGUUGGAAAUGGACCCCCCCCCCAUCACUUUUCUAAUGGUCCGUCCCUUAGAAACAUUUUUGAAUCGAAAAUUUAGUAGUUUGAAGCAUACAGAGAAGUAAUAUUUACAAUGAACAUCGAGUGUUAAGAAAAAGUUUUUCGAUUUUGAAAAUCGAAGUCCAAAGUUCGUUGAUAUUUAAGUCCAGCCAAUCGGAAUCCAUUGAGUUUCGUCAUGACCAAUCAGAAUUAACUAUCCAGAUCUGGGUAGCGCGGCUGGGGGUCGACAAGCUAAGCACUGUUAGGCCAGAAUAAAUAUUCCACACAUUUCCUACCAUAAUAUAAACUAUGAACAGACAAUAAGAUAACCAGCUGUUCCCACCAAACAGGAGUUAAACUGUUUUAGAUCAGUGAAUAUAACCAAUCACCAAAAUACUAUAGAUAGAGUAUAGGCAUGUAUGAAUUGCUUUGCGCUAAAACAUUAGCUUUGUACAGAUUCUAUUGAACAUUAUAGCAUUAGCUUUUCUAGAGGGGGGAUAGUGUAACAUAGAGUGUAUUUAUUUCGAAGCGAAUACCGUGUAAAUAUAUCAUUACACAGUCAUGUCGUCAUGUCUGGUUGCUCAAAAUGUAAUUUGCAUUGGAAAUAAUUUUGAAAUUCCAUAGAAUGGAAAUUGUAUGGACCUUUAUUGGAAAUAGAAUGGAUUCUGGUUAUCCAUAAUAAUUGUAUAUUUCCAUACUAUGGAUUAUAUAGUAUCGAAAUAGUAUGGAUAUAUACUAUGGAUUUAAUGGUGCAAUUGCUAAGUAUGGAUUUCACAUUUUUUCUCCCAGUGUUGUCGAUCAUAAGGUCGUCAGGUUAUAGGUUUUACAGGCAUCGUAACAAAUGGAAAAUAAAAGUUUCAUCCCCUGGCCUAGUUUUGUUUUCAUUAUAAUAAAGCUUUUAUCAUGGCUUUAAUAAAUAUCGAAAAUGGCAUUUCAAAGUUCAAUUAGCUGAGUUUGAUUCAAGUAAGACUAUAUAAAGUUCACUCAAACGAUAUUUUAUGGCCAGGAAAAAAUUUGUGACACGAUUCGUCCCAGUUGGUCAGACUCACAUGAACAUCCCCCAAACCUAAUUUUCAUUGAAUAAUUAUUACUAGUCCUCUUUAAAACCAUGCUGUUGUCAAAGGGCAAAAAUAAAUUAAAUUCACACUAAGUUUUAAUUGAGUUUAAGCUAAAUAUUUGCAUGAAGCCGGCAAGCAGACAAAUAUAGGAAGGAAAAAUAUCAUAGAAUGAUGGAAUGGGAACCGAUUGAAAAACUUCCACGAAAUGACUAGUUUCCAAUAAAACAACUGCAGUGAUCUUUGGGGAAGAAACAAAGAAAAUUGGAAACAAAAUUCAUUUUUCACGCGUCAUCGCUUUCCUCAGAGAAGCCAUGCUUUCUUGGUAAAACUUUGUAUCGCUAAUGGUGUUCUUCCCCUUACUUGGCUGUUUCUUUGCGAAGUAUUUUUCCGAUGAAUUUGUACUGAUCAUCCAAACUAGCAUUUUAUUUAGCUGUUGAACGUGUAGAAUAUACGAUAUGUUGUGUCUUGUGUACACAAGCUGUAUUCGCAUCUGUUUUCGGCACUAGAACAUGUCAACAUACUUGUGGGUUCAAUUUUGAAAUAUUUAAAAUAGUACCUUAUUCCAUAUAACAGCUGGCGCAGUAUAGCCUUAUAUGUUAUAUAACCUCGACAAGCGAAGGCCCAGCAAAACUUGCAUGAAGCUAUAAUUCUUGAUCUUGCAACGUCCUCUCGAAAUCGUCAUGGGUAUAUACGGCAAAUAUACAAGGGCGGUGACGGUGUUUUCCUGUAUCCAAAUAUCGCUUGGUGUUUUGAUGUUCGGAUUGGGGAUUGCGUUCCGUGUUCUUGUAUGCAGCUGGGUAACGGAUGCGUCCUUUGGAUUCUGGGUUGGAGUUCUGGUAUACAGUUCAUAUUAUUAUAAUUAUCCUUAUAUUUAACCAGGAUAUCAUCGUAGUUUUUUUCAGUGGGGCCCGGCUGCAAUUAUACAUAGGCUGAUUUAGAAAACACGACGCGAUCUCUGAAGGACGUGCCUUCGAAAUAAAGUAAUUCUUUUAAAUAUGUUUGAUGCGAAACCAGGAGUAUUCAUAUUGAAAACUAUAGACGUUCAGUCUCUGGUUAUAAUUUUUUUUACAAGCUUUCGACUGUCAGUCUUCAGCGGGUAGAUUGAAGGCGAAAGCUUGUGAAAAAAAAAUACAACCAGAGAACGUCUAUAUUCGUCUCAGUAUAGUUUCCUUCAUGCAAAACAAAACGUUUGAAUAAUUUAUGGGCCCAGGGGGGGUAUGGCCUCAACAACGUUGUCAUUCUGAAUACAAUGCAAUGUUAAAUUAAACUAAGAUUUUCACGUCAUUGGAACAACGUGAAUAGGGAGUUUAAGCUUCACGUUUCCGGGAACGGCAAACGGCAGGUUCGAAUUUUCUUGGCAAAAUUUUCGUUGAACGUUUUCGUUUCAUAUUUUCUUUCUUGCGUCGAAAGAUAAUUAUGUGUUUCAAUUUUAAAACAGCAAGUUCAUUUGCUCUUUCUUGCCUGAUACCGUAAAAUUUUUCUUUGCCUGGCGUUUGACAUAUAACGCGAAGUUUAAACUCUCAAAUGCUUGUUGCGACGUUAGAAGAGUUACAUAAAAUCUGUCUCAUAUAGCAGACACCGGAUUGUUUUCCCAGAACUUAGCCGUUUGUAUAGGCCUAAGGUUAUUUUAAAAAGCUUCAGUUUAUUACAGUAAUCAAGUUCCUUAGCUCUCGGACUGAAAUUGAGACCGUUCUGAUCGUUGUGUUUUCUAAAUCUGUCUGAUGACAUCAGUACCUAACCUUCCGUUAAAAUUUUACCUGCUGUUUUAGUUUGUGUAUUUCUGCACGUCUGUUUAUUUCAAAACUUCGCGGAGAAGAAAACUCCUACUGAUCCAGAGAAGAUUUUUGAAGAAAUAUUUUGAAACGAGCUGUUAGGAAACGCGUUUGCCUUGAAUUUUAGGUUAUCCUAUAGGGUUAAGCUAUAAUCGGCUUUCGAACUACAACUCCUAUGCAGACGUUUAUGGCGUCAUAAUUCCAAACCAAAGUGUCUUGAUAUAUCCCCUGGCCCUGUAACAAUGAACCUAUUACCUAAUGAACAAAAUUUUCAUCUAGACAAGUCUAGACAAAAAUUUCAUCACAGCUUGAAAGAGCAUCACAAAAUUAGUAAUAUUCCCAAGUUUCGUUGCGAAAUGUUGUAAAAUGCAGACAAUAUAGCCAUGCGAAGUUCGCCGUUUUUCAGUUAUUUUGUAUUAUACGCCCGGGAAAUUGAUACCGCUUUCUGAAAAAAGACUUGUCUAGAUCAAAAUUUUGUUCAUUAGGUAAUAUUCGUGACUGCCAUCUCUCACCAAUUCUCAUUAUGGAAUGGCAGAAUGAUGCUUUUCCUAAUAUAUUGAUGUUUACGAAAAGGUCUAAAAUUGAUAUCAUUCUCGUCUGUUAUUUGCAGUCUAUAUAUAUUCGCGUACGUAUAAAUAUUGGCUCUGUUAUUUUCUUAGGUGUUCAUCGGAGGAAUCGUUGGGUAUUAUAGUGCAAAGACAAGCAACUACAGCUAUGUAAGUAAACUGAUCUUUGAACUUACUUUUUCUUGCUAAGCAGGUUACAGCCACGAGCUAGUUUCCAUAUGGGCCUGGCAAGUUUUCAUAUGGCAGGUUUUAUUUGUCAUUUGCACCUGCAUGUGACUGUGUACAUAUACAACAAAUUUUCUUUGACAAGCUUUUGGUUUUCUGACCGACACAAAAACACAUACAACAAUAUAAUCGCGCUGAUUGCUCGUCUGCAUGAAACCGCGGCUUUAUAAUUAUAGGAUGAAGAUUUGAGGUUGGGACGAAUUAUGAACUGAUAUAUUUCCCUGUUUUUUUUUUAGAUUGGGUACUAUCUAGGCUUUAAUUCGUUCAGCAUCGUGUUUGCAUUCCUUGUGAUAUUCUGUCAUUCCAUCGCCUCGGUCCACUUCAUUCAUCAGAUCGAUUCU